GCUUGGUGAAAUUUUUACAACGCAAUGGCUCGUUCCUGAGCUGGGAGAGGCAGUACUGGCAGUGAAUUUCGGAACGCAGCCAUAGAAUUUUUAGUUUAUAUCAGGCUAGUUUGCCUAUUAUUUAAACAUAUUACAUAUAUUAAACUAAUGUUACGUAAAGCUAUCUGGAAAUUGCUUGUUUUUUAGGUACGUAAGUUUUUUAGAUUUUCAGACAUUUUAAUUGAUAUUACUAUUUGUAAAUAUGAAUGAAACAGUGAAAUAUGUUACUCAUAUGGCAGAUUAUUUGGACACAUAUUCUGGCAGAGACAAAAUGUUGAAAACUCUGUCAUAUACAGCAAAGUUUCUUACUGUAAGCACUUCAACUAAGAAUGUUCAAAAGAAACUUAAGGAUAUUGGGAGUGAAAUGAGUGAAGCUAGAAUGUUAUUGCGUCUGUUGGAUACUUUUUCAGCAUUACGUUCUAUUAUAAAAUAUGGUUGGGGAAAAGAGGAGCCUGACAAUUUAAUUAGAUGCACUCAAGUGCUGCAAAAUACAGUAGACGUAGUCUAUUGUGCUGCAGAACAGAUUUAUUGGGCUGGUGCACAUGACAUUGUUUUAAUCAAUGUCAACAAAUGGAGUUUGGCUACAACUUUAUUCUGGAUAUUCAGUAUACACCUAUCAUUAAUAAAGUCAAUGAGAAAAAUUAAAUAUCUCCAAAUAUAUAAAACAAAUUUAGAAAGGAUUCAUCAACCUAAUAUACUGAGAUUGAAAGAAGUCAAUAAGAAACGUAAUUCUGAAGUAUUAACGUGCACACGCUUACUGCUGGAUCUUGGUUAUGCUAUUAAUUACUUACCAUCAGGUAUAUUUUGGGGAGAACGCUUACAGACUUGGCAAGUAGGAGCACUUGGAACAAUGUCCGCGUUAAUUGCGAUUUAUCAAGCUCUUCAAAAUCGCAAAGAAGCAGAGAAACUUUCCUAAUAUGUAUAGUUUUCAUUGUUAUCUCAAUUGAGAAACAAUAUGGUUGCAUAUUAUACACGGUAAUUCAGGGUCCAGUAUAUAAACUUGGAAGAAUGAUUGGGGAGGUUAAUUAACUAAAAGCUGAUAUUAACCGAGGUUCGAACUAUUUUGUUUAAACCAUGAUUUAUCGAUUUUCAUAUAGCUAGUCGAGAUUUGAAAAUCAUACGAGGGUAGUCCCAGAAGUAUCUGACCUGACGUAUAGAUAGCGGUUGUUGUUUGAAAAGAAUGACUGUGGUAGAAAGUACCAACCUUAUAAAGCUUAAAUUUGAAGUUUGACGACGCUACGUUGUUUAGUAUUUGUUUCG